AUGCCAGACAAUCUCACCGAGACCCUAGAAACCUGCAGUUUGAUGAGCGGGACCCACGAGGACAUGAAAUGGUUGUGGCAGUCUGCCGACUCAGAAUGCGUCAUCAAAGCACAGCGUGACGCGAUCUCCCGCAUCGUUAGGCAUUACAUGACCGGCGAGGACAACGGGGAGCACUGCUGA